GAAUCGAUAGGCUGGGAACUGGUGCUGUGUUCUAGGCCUGGGGCUGGUGAAGAGGUUCUGGGAGGGCAGAUGGCUCUCAGGUGCAGCAGGUCCUUGGCUCCCCAGAUCAAUAGCCGUGCGAGGAAGCCAAGGCCCCCACCUCCCCAUUUCCCUUCCAGGUGUCAGAGGCUGUGAGGAGCAUUCAUAACCACCUGGACUCCAUCAGCGAGCCACUUGCCCGGCAGGAGCUGCUCAGGGCCCUUCUCCUGCUGGGUUCCCAGUUCAGCGAGGAGGUGGUCGGAACCCUGCUGGGCUGCUCACUGUCAUGUGACAGUGUUGCUGCGGAGAUGUGGAAGAUACUGACAUCCCAGCCCAAGAGCACAGAAAAGAUCCUUAGGGAGCUGGUCAGCAGGCUGCAGGGGCAGGCUCCACGACGGCAUCAGCUCUCUCAGAGACCGGCCGGCGUCGCCUCCUUGGCCGCCACAAGAGCCCUAUAUGUGAUCCUGCAGGAGCAGGCCUGCAGGCAGGAAGUGAAGGAGCUCUUCCCUCAGCUCUACGUCGCGCUCCUCUUCCACAUCACCCACACAGUGCAGCACACUGCUUCGCAGGAGAGGGAGCAUAACCAGGAGGACACGGCCGCACCCCUCAGCCCCGUCAGGUUCGCGGUGAAGGCCAUGGAAGCUUUGCUUCUAUGCGCUGGCUACAAGGAGCAGGCCACCUUCAUGAUGAAGCAUGGCCGCUGGGACCUGCUCAUGAGCUCUGACACGCACCACAAAGGUGUCUGCCUGCUUGCCCGGGCCAUGGUUUCGCUCAAUGUCGAGGAGCGAAACUGGAUUUUCCACCAUCAAAUGGCCAUCCUCAAUGAUCGGGACGAUAGGCGGUACGUCCCGGCCAUGGCGCUCUUCAUUCAGCUCCUCAAGUGCCCUGACCUUGGCAGCGAGCUGGAAGACGCCAUCGUGGAGGAGAUAAGCAGGUUGCUGAGCGACCCCAAGACCGUGGUGCGCUGGUUGGCGCUCAAAGGCCUCCUCAAUCUGGCCCUUCGCCCAGAGAAGGUGGGGAAACUCCAGCAUCUGCUGCCAGAUGUCCUGGAGCGACUCCAGGAGGUAGACAGAGACCUCAUCUGCAAGGCCAUCGCCUUGCUGAAACACCUCCUCGCCAGCAUGGACAGGCAGAGCGCCAGCCGCGCGGCUGUGCAAGUGGCUGCGCAACUCCUGCCGUUGUUUCAUGAUGUAAGGCCUGGCAGCUCACAGGAGAUCCCAUCAAACUGCAGACAUGUGACCAGCAAGCUCCAGGUGCUCUCCAUCACCCUUUUUAAAGACCUGCUGGAGCUUGUAAGGGGGCCCAACCGGAGGCAGAUGAAGGAGCAUGUGCUCCAGAGCCUGGUCCCACUGCUCCUCCUUGUGCAUGAUGAGCAUCCCAACGUGUCCCAGGUGUGUUGGGACACCCUCAGCAGUGCCGCCCAAUUCCUGAGGUGGCACCAGCUCAGUGGCCUCAUCCAGCACAAGGAAACCUGGCGAAGCUGUGACUGCCUGGUGAUCCACUACAAGGAGAGAGCUGAUGACUUCCUGGGCCAGACCACGGCCUUCCUGCAGAACCCACAGACUCCAGUUAGGGAAGCAGCCAUCAGGUUCCUAGGGCUCACUGCCCGGCAGCUGGACCAGGGGAGCCAGGACAAGCUGGACGCCAUCUGCGACAACCUCAAAGGCUUGCAGCAGGACAGCAAGUCCUCAGUUCGAUGCCUGGCUUCUCAGACCAUCUUCAUCCUGGAGGCCUUCAAGAACCAGCCUCCAGCCUGCUGCAGCCUAUGGACAUUGGUCCAUAGGAUAAGAACAAUGUGCACUGCAGAGAGCCAGCUCAUUGAAGCUGCCCAGCUGCCCUAGCUCUGGGAAAAGCCAGCCUCCCUUCUCUGGGGGCUUGGUGCAUCAGAGCCCACCUGGAGCAAGGUGGAACACAUGGCUUCUUCCCAACUGGCUGCCUGCCCUGCCCAGCCAUGUGAGUAGUUAACUGCUCGAUAGCUUUCAUCAUCAUGUACUUUUUGACAGGUUUCCAUGCACUGUGUUGCAUUUACGUCCUGCCCUCCGUCCCCAUUUCCAGUCGUGUAUGUUUUUGAUGCCGUCGGCCAUUUUGAAAAUUUAUUUUGUAUUAUUUUUCUGUGUUUGGCCGGGGGAAGGUUGUGUGCUUGUGUUUUGACAUAUUUAGAGAAAAAGUACGAAUGAGUAGAAAGAGAGGCUGUAAAGGGUUUGCAGUCCCCCCCCCCCCCAGGCCCCACCGUCCGUCCAUCUGGGUGGGAGACCACACCCCUUGCUAUGAUACUUCCGGGUACGGUGGUUCAGGGGAAAAUUAGCUCAGUGUUAAUGGCUCUAGCCUGCAGUCAGGCCAAGUAACGGUAGAGAGUCUGUUUGCCCGGGGCCCUCAAUCAGGGCAGGGCGUCAAUCGAGAAGGGGAUCUGGCCUACAGUCAGGCAGGCAGAGCAGCAGGAGGUCCAUUUGCCUGGCCCUUGAUCAGGGUAGGGCAGCAGUCAAGUAGGGGGGCUCUGGCCUACAGUCCGGCAAAGCUGUCGCAGUCUAGGGGAGGUUAGCUCUCUGGUGGGAAUGUCAGGACAACCAUCUGGCAUCUGGAUUCAGGUGGGUGCCAGACCAAUUCAGGCCUCCUGACAACCAGGGGGGAGGCUGCCACUCCUGACGUUGAGGUGGUAGGGGCAGAGGAACUCAGGUCCUCCCAUUCCACUGCAUCCCAGCCCAGGACCCUAACAGCAGUGGAGUUGUCCGCCACUGGGUCAGCGGGGAAAGUCCAGCCGCAACACGCUGGCUGGCUUGUAGUCAAUAACACAGCCAAACCUAAUUCUGCUUCCCUUGGCUCCAUCCGACACACCCAUUCCGUGUGUACAUGGGUUCCAGGGUUGUUGUUCGCUUCGCUGGGAUAGACAGCUAGUGGCAGCCCCCCCAGCUCCUCGGAGAUCCUGGCGUCUGGCAGCUUUGUCAGCACCUCUGGGUCUCUGUCAGGAGAGCGGUCUCCGUUAGGUCUGGGCUCACGCAACGGGGAAGAGACGUCCUGCUCCUCAGGCAGCCCUCCCCCGACUGAGCUGGAGGACCAGCCUUUUAUAGUUCCGCUUCCUGUCCCACCCCUCUGCUUCCAGCGGGGAGGCCAUGCAAGUCCCCGUUCUACCCACCAGGGGGGCGUUCACGGAUCCCUCCCUGUCUGUCAGGACAGGAGACUAUGCCAUCUCGCUACAGAGGCCUUAAAGAAAAGGAGUUUUAAAAAAAGAAAGAUUGCUUAGGCUUAGAGGAAAAAAGGAAAGAAAGGUUAUCUUAAAUAGAAGAA